GGUUGCUCUCUGAAAGGUCUGUUGAUAGCGAUUGCCUCCACACGUGUAGUUAUUCCUAUGUAAAUCCCGCUCUCCGGCAGCACAUUUAACAAGCUUGGGCUGCUUUACCUGCGGAGGUCGAAAAGCCAUAGAAGCCGACAACCAUGGGGGCAUAUCUGUCGCAACCCAACACGACCAAGAGCUCCUCCGACGGCGGCAACAGCAAGAUGAGCUACGGCUUCUCUGCCAUGCAGGGCUGGCGUGUCUCCAUGGAGGAUGCUCACAACUGUAUCCCAGAGCUUGAUGAUGAGACUGCCAUGUUUGCUGUGUAUGAUGGACAUGGAGGUGAGGAGGUGGCCCUGUACUGUUCCAAGUACCUUCCUGACAUCAUCAAGGAGCAGAAGACCUACAAAGAUGGAAAAUUGCAGAAGGCUCUGGAAGAUGCUUUCUUGGCCAUCGACAGCAGAAUGACCACAGAGGAAGUCAUCAAGGAGCUUAUCCAGAUUGCUGGACGACCCACCGAGGAGCCGACCAGCGAGAAGGUGGCAGAGGAGGAUGACUUGGACACAGAGGAGGCAGCUUUGCUCCAUGAGGAGGCCACUAUGACCAUAGAGGAGCUGCUGGUGCGCUACGGCCAGAAGCGCAAUGCCGUCAAGCAUGCUGCUGCAGUCAGUGCAGCAGCUGAGAAGGCCUCCUGCCCACAUACUGGGGCCACAGGAGACAAGGGGGAGGAGGGUGGGGGAGGAGAGAAGAAGGAGGGGCUGAAUGGAGAGGUGGAAGAGGACAGCAAUGGAAAGGUGAAAGGAGGAGGAGGAGAAGCAGGGGCAGGGGGCUCCAAGCUCCGAGCCUGUCGGAGAGCAGCAGCUGCAGCAGCAGCAGCGGGAGGAGGAGGUGGAGCAAGUGAUGGCAGUGGAGUUUCCUCCUCAGCAGCAAACUCUGGAGGGUCAGGAAGCUCCAGUGGAGGAGAAAAAGCCGGUAAGGCAGAAGGAGACGCAGGUCCCUCCUGCUCCUCCUCAUCCUCGCAGGCCCCGGGAGACACCAAGUCCAGGUUCUUUGAUGACAGUGAGGAAUCAGAGGAGGGAGAAGAGGAGGAGGGCAGUGAUGAGGAGGAUGGCAGCGAAGAGGAAGAAGGCGACAGCAGUGACUUGGAGGAAGAGGAAGAUACAGAGGAAGGAGAGGAAGACUCUGAGGAUGAAGAUGAAGAAGAAAUGAGUCUCCCUGGAAUGGAUGGCAAGGAGGAGCCUGGCUCCGACAGCGGCACCACAGCGGUAGUGGCUCUGAUCCGAGGGAAGCAGCUAAUCGUGGCCAACGCCGGAGACUCUCGCUGUGUGGUGUCUGAGCGCGGUAAAGCCGUAGACAUGUCAUACGACCACAAGCCAGAGGAUGAGCUGGAACUCGCUCGCAUCAAGAACGCGGGAGGGAAAGUUACCAUGGAUGGACGGGUCAACGGUGGACUCAACCUCUCCAGAGCUAUUGGUGACCACUUCUAUAAGAGGAACAAGGCACUGCCACCAGAGGAGCAGAUGAUUUCAGCGCUGCCAGAUGUCAAAGUUUUGACACUCAACGAGGACCACGAAUUCAUGGUCAUUGCCUGUGAUGGCAUCUGGAAUGUGUUAAGCAGCCAGGAGGUGGUGGACUUCAUCAGUGAGAGGAUCAAACCGGACCACAGUGGCAAAGCCAGACCCCUCUCCUCCAUAGUGGAAGAGCUGUUGGACCAUUGUUUGGCCCCCGACACAUCUGGAGACGGGACAGGAUGUGACAACAUGACUUGCAUGAUCAUCACAUUCCGGCCACACCCCUCCUCCGCUCCCAGCCCAUCAGACAGCACAAAAAAGAGGAAGCAACUGGAGGAGGCAGGAGAGAUAGAGCUGGAGAAGAAUGGAAAUGACAGCAAAAAGGCUAAAAGUGACUAAAGGAAAAGAAAAAAACUGUCUUGGAGGGAGCAACAGGUCCCCAUGCUACCCCAGAAACACCAGAGACACGUUGUUAAAAUGAAAAGUUGCCUCACAAAGGUUAAAUCAACCCUAAAACAGAAUUUAUAUAUGUUAUACUUGUGCUCAGAGAUGAAUUGAACAGAGAACACUAGUAUAAUUUUGGUCUGAGCUCUGUUUUAGGUGGAUUUUCACUUUAAUGUCCCCCUCUGUUUUUCUUUUGUUUGGUGUUGUUGGAUAGAAGUUGGGCUCACCUUUGCCUCCUUUAGAUCCACAAAACAGAAGAACCAGACCUGCAGCUCAUUGGUCUGCUAAAUGGUACACCAUUCUCCAUGUGUAGCUAGAGGGUCGAUUCAAAAGAAAAUAUUAACAGUAGCCAAGAAAAAAAAUUGCUGUCAUGUAUAUUUUGAAACACAUCUUAGAGAUGCUUCGUCAUCACCGGAGACGUGCGCUGCAUAGUUAAAUUAAUAUCAAAUAGAGAAAAUCUCAUUUUCCAAAUGAUGGUUCCCAAGAAUGGAACUUGGAGGACAGCUCAAGCAGCGAUCGGUGUCAGAUUGCUGUUUUUACAUCUCACAUGACGCGUGCAUUUUCAUUGCAGCAACUCAGCAAUAUGAAAUGUGUGCAGUGCAAGUCGGUGAUGCCUUUCCAGCGAGAAACCACACAUCACUCUGAGGUGUUGUGUCCAAAACUUACAUGUCAGGAAUUAGAACACAAGAAGGUGCCAUACAACCCCAUGACUUUCUUUUCUGAGACUGAACCCUUAACAGGAGGGACCCAGAAUGGCUGCAGGUGAGACUUUUGGCACUGAGUAGAAACAAAACAAUAGACCAGCUGAUCCAUAUUGCCACUCAAAGGGAAGAAGGGGGGAGGACACGGUAGCCCAAAUUAAAAAUGCAUAUUGCAGUGAGAAUAGAGGUACAUCAGUCAAGUCUUUUUUUAGUCACCUCCUCGGUGUUAAUGUCCAACCCCACGUUUAUUCUAUGGGCACAGUGUCUGUCCUCCUACAAGGGGAACUGAAGGAUUUUGGGUACUAGUACUCUCAGUAUAGUUGACUGCCUUUUUUUCCCAGCACCCUUUCCUUUCAUGGCAUAUGAGAACAGUUACAGUUUUCAACAGUGUUUUGUUUUGUGUUUUUUCUCCUCGUCAUCCUCCUCCCUUCCUUCCAGGCCUGUUGGUCACAGAAAACUUUGUUCGUUUUCCAUUUAUCCCUGUUAUCCUGCUGUGUCUUGUCUUGAUCACAUCCCUGAUUUUUGCCCCAGCUCAGCCUGAAAAAGUGUUAGUCUGGGAUUUGUGGGCUAGUACGGUUUUCUUCUGUUUGAUAGCAGGGAUGAAUGAGUCUUAGACUUGUAACUGUAUGACCAUCGACAGAGAGCUUGUGAUCCUAAACCCCCUUUAAGCAUUGCUUUAGCAGAACACCCCGGGCCACCCUACCACAGCUUACCACCAGGACUUCACCCUCCUCCCCCGCCUCCUUUUACUCUGUCCUCCCUCCUUUCUAUUGUAACAUCUUUUAAAGACUGACCUCUAGGACACAGUAUGUUCUAAAGUGUAUUUCCACUCAAAUACUUUUUCUUUUGAAUCAGUCCUCUUCACAGGUUUUUAAAAAAUCCUUUUUUGCGAAUACAUUCUGAAAAACCUUGGUAACGCUGUACUGCAGAUGGGACGCGCUGAAGUUAUUUUUGAGUGGAAGUACCCUUUAAAGUCCAGAGCACUAAGGCAGUGUAACUGUUAAGAACAUUUGUCUUUGUUUUUUUCCUUUAUUUGCUGAAGCCCCAUUUAAACUGUUGUGUGACUGUAAAUCUGUUUCUAGUGUACUAUCUUGUCACCAUGCCCUUUUUUUCUGUACAUAGUUUUUUCAAUACUUGUAAUUGAAGAAAAAGAAAUUGCAUUUUCUUUGUAAUUGUGAAUCUGUGACAUUUUGGUGCAUACUCUUUUGACACCAGUAUGUAAGUACAUACAAAUACAUUUUUUUAAAUAAUGACA